AUGUUUGGAGCAAUGAUGAAAGGUUUUAUAAUAAAUAAUAUGCCAACGAAAGCAAUUGAUCUAUUUAAUCAAAUAAAAGAACCAAAUCUUGUUAUUUAUCUGAUUACUAUCAAUGGUCUCUCUCAAAUUGGUAUUUUAUCGAUGUGUGAAUUGAUUGUUGAAAAAAUACCAAAUUGUUUUCUUAUGAAUAAUCAUAUUCAAAAUGCAUUAAUUGAUAUGUGGGGAAAAAGUGGCUGUGUGGAUCAAGCAAAGAAAGUUUUUGAAAAUAUGUCUCAACUAGAUGAAACCAGUUAUACAGUAAUGAUUAAUUCUUAUGGUUUAAAUGGAAUGGGUAUUGAAGCAAUUGAACUUUUUCAUAAAGUUCCAUCACAUUUGAUACAAGAAUCAACUUAUGUUUGUGUUCUAAACGCCUGUUCACAUUCUGGACUUGUUCAACAAGCUCGUUCGAUAUUCAACAAUAUUCAAAUGAAAACAGAAAAAAUUUAUACUGUUAUGAUUGAUUGUCUCAGUCGUGCAUCUCGUUUUGAAGAAGCACAACAACUGAUCGAUCAAUUUGAAUGUGAUCAUCUUCCUGGAUGGGCUAUGUAUAUGGCACUAUUAUCAGGUGUUCGAAAUAAAAAUAAUAGUCAUUUAUCACAACAAAUUGUUGAUCGUAUGAAGAAACUUUUUCCUCAAAUGAUCGAUUCAUUGAAUUCAGCUUCAAUCCUUCUUGCCAAUGUUUAUGGAUCGACAGGACAAAUUGGCAAGGCAUCAGAUAUCAAAAUUCAAUUACAACAAUCGGGUGUGAGGAGAACAGUCGGUGUGUCAACAACUGCAGUCAAUGGACAACUUUUUCAAUUUCGAGCUCAUGAUCAAUCUCAUCCACAAGCUAAGAAAAUCUAUGCUGAAAUUGAAAAAAUAUCUGCCGAACUUAUUGAACACGGUCAUCAAUACGAUGCAAGUUGGAUUACACGACCGUUAGAUCUGGACGAAACUGUUGAAUCAACACUGUGUGGGCAUAGUGAAAGACUUGCAAUUGCAUGGAAUUUUGUAGAAAAUCCCCAUGCAUCAUUAAUUCAAGUGACAAAUAAUCUUCGAGUUUGUGGUGAUUGUCAUCGCGCAACAAAAUUAAUAGCUUCAAUUCGUCAAUGUGAAAUAAUUGUUCGUGAUGCAAAUCGAAUUCAUCAUUUUUACACAAAUGGACAAUGCUCAUGUCAAGAUUAUUUCUAG